GGCUCGCGCACCGACAUGGCGGCGGCGGAGGGUGGCGGCGGCGACGGCUGCGACGGCGUGUGGCCGGACCUGACGGUGCAGCGGGCCGAGCUGCGGUCGCUGCUGGCUAUGGCCCUCCGGCCGGGGGAAUCCUGGUACCUGGUGGACAGCCGGUGGUUCAGGCGGUGGAAGAAGUACGUGGGCUUCGACAGCUGGGACAUGUCCGGUGUGGGCGAUCCCAGAUUCUUCCCCGGGCCUAUCGACAAUUCGGGUCUCUUCAGCGAUCCAGAAACGCAGAGUUUAAAAGAACACCUCAUUGAUGUGCUAGAUUACGUAUUGGUUCCUACUGAAGCCUGGAAUAAACUAGUAGCAUGGUAUGGUUGCGUAGAUGGACAGCAGCCUAUUGUGAGGAAAGUAGUGGACUUUGGUGUGUUUGCGAAGCGCUAUAAGGUUGAAGUUUAUCUUCUUGAGCUGAAGCUGUGUGAGCGCAGCAAUCCUGACAAUGUAAUUAGCUGCCACUUCAGUAAAGCAGACACUGUUGCUACCAUCGAGAAAGAAAUGAGAAAGCUAUUUAAUAUCCCAGCUGAGAAAGAAACUAGAUUAUGGAACAGGUAUAUGAGUAACAUGUAUGUGCAGCUCAGCAGGCUGGAUAGCACAGUGCAAGAUGCGGGGCUCUAUCAAGGUCAGGUUGUUCUAAUAGAAGUGAAAAAUGAAGAUGGCACGUGUCCUGGACAGCAUUUCCUGGCAAAAUCAAGCACUGCAACUAGCAGAAACUUUACUACCUCUUCAAAAUCAUCAGCAAGUUCUUAUUCCUCAGUGUCUGCCACCUCUGUCAUUACUAACGGUGAUAACAGUAACUCCUAUGGACUGAACAGCUCCCACCUGGGCAGGGGAGGUUCUGGAUUUGUCUGUAACUCUUACAGCUGCAGGGACAGCGCUUCCCUGACACAGCCUGGACUCUGCGGACUCAGUAACCUUGGAAAUACCUGCUUCAUGAAUUCUGCAUUACAGUGUCUAAGCAAUACACCUCCUCUGACUGAUUAUUUCCUGGAAGAUAAAUAUGAAGCUGAAAUAAAUCAGAACAAUCCACUGGAGAUGAGAGGAGAAACUGCAGAGGCCUAUGCAGAGCUCAUUAAACAGAUUUGGUCUGGGAGACAGUCUUAUGUGGCCCCUCGGAUGUUUAAACUGUAACUGCAGUUGUCUGUGAGAAGCAGGAGGCAGCAGUCUGUUCCUCGUGGAGGAGAGUGGAGCAUAUCUCGUUAGCAGCUUGCUGUCCUGAAUAGCAGCGUGUAACCGUCACUGUCUCCUUGGCUCCAUUCAUGCUUUUGGCAUUGUGUGCGCCAAGGAAUACCUGAUCAAGUGACUCGGCCAAAAUAGAUACAUUACGUUUGACUUGAUGCAGGGUCUUAGUUUCACUGAGAAGAAAUCUUGGUGUGUUAUGCUGGAUGCACUGGUAGACACUCCCUUUCUGUGAAACUUACCCGUCAGUAUCAAUUUUCUCAGUUUUUUCUCAGUUUUCUUUGAUCCCUGUGCUUAGUCUUAAAUAAACGAAGAAAGUGUAUAGUGGUUGUACCAGAGCAUUAAAUAGGCAUCCACAGCUUGCUGCCAGCUUCCUAUGGGCUGCAUAAUGAACACUUAUCCAUGACAGAAACCAGAAAGUAUCUAUUACCUUUAAUUGAGUGUUUCUUUGUUCAUAUUUGGAGAUUUAGUUUGUAGGAAAAGGCAUUCUCAGCAAUGAAAAUGGCUAUAUUGGGUUACUAACAGCCAGCUGAUCUCCGUGCUGGAGAGCUGGAUCCCUGCGGUAGAAAGGAAUUAAUUAGGAGACAUCAACACAUCAAGUGCACGCACACUUGAGUUGUUCUUUAUUUGGUAUGUUCAGGACGUGAAAGGAAACAGUUGUAUUGGUAGGUGUUUUGAGGUGAUAACCACCAGUGCUGUAGCUCACUCCUGAGCCUCAUCGCUAGGUUUCUCUUUCAAAUUGAGUCUGAAGCCCCUGGCUUGGGUAUGGGACUACAGGUAAUUCUGCUCUGUCCUGGAAUUUUUGCUCCUGUUGCAUAAUACUUGCUUUUAGACAAAAGCUGAGGCAUUAAUUUGGGGAUUUGUUCACAGGCUUUUGUUACAAUUGGGGCAAAGAGUUGCAUAAAUGUUUCUUCAGAAAUUAGCAAUUGCUCAAGUUUCAAAGGAUCUUGCAGCCUUCAUGCUCAGAGGUGUUAGAAAACGGAUCAUGUCCUCAAGCAUUGGUGCAGUAUGCAAACAUACACCCCAUCUUUGUAAUCCAGGCUGAGGUGCAUGCCGCUUCUUGAGAAAAUAAGCGAAUUUUAUUUUAUAUCUGCCUUUAUUAUUUACAGGACCAUUCUCAGGGGAACAAUUAUUAACUAACCAAUUGAUUAUGUGCAUUUAAUCCAGAAAUUCCUUUGCCUUUGUUGGGAAGCUGGGUGGGAAAGGGAAGGCGGGUGCGUGUUGGUGGUUCUAACGUGUUGCUUUUGUGCUGUUAUAGGAGCUUGUCAGACCUGAAGAAGGAAGAGAUAUGGCAAACCGCAUUGGUGCAUGUGGGUGUAUGGAGUGUUUGGCAAAGACCAAAGACUGUGUGAGGGAGGUUUUUGAAAUGGCCACUAGAGCUGCUUUGCAAGCCUGGCGU